AGUCCCUCUUCGCUUCCUGGCAAAACUAUCAGUUUUUGACGCCGAAAUAAUGGCGAACCCUAAUAAAGCAAAGAAACCGACGCCGGAGGAAGUCGCCGCUCUCAAAUCCGAGGUCGCCUCCUUCGCCUCCUCACUCGGCCUCGCUCCCUCUCACCUCUCCUCCUCCUCCGGCUUCGACGACUCCGACUUCCUCAAGUCUGGCCCCUUAAAACCCCCCAAAAACCCUAAACCUCAACCCAAAACCCUAGAAACGAAACCUAACCCUAACCCUAACUCCAAUCCGAAACCUCAGUCUAAAUCCAAGUCCCAUCCUCUACAAGUCGAUCCCUUCCCUCCUCUUUCCCAGUCUAAGAGCAAUCUGCCGAGCCUGUCUUUGGUGAAGGCGAGCUCUUUGUCGGGGCAAUGGUAUGUCGAUGCUGAUGAGCUUGAGGUGAAGGUUUUGGGGAAAGAGGGGAGGAAGAAGGUUGCGAAUGUGAAGGGGGUUGAGGAGCUGAAGGCUUUGGUUGCGAAGAAGAAGGAGUUGGGAGAGAGGUUGAUGGAGCAGUACACAAAGGAGUAUGAGGUGGCGAGGAAGAAGAGUGGAGAUAUGAAGUUGCUGGAGAUGACCACAAGGUCGGGGACGUCCGCGGAUAAAGUCUCUGCGUUCACUUGCUUGGUGGAGGACAAUCCGAUCGCUAACCUGAGGUCACUCGAUGCGCUAUUAGCCAUGGUAACAUCCAAAGUAGGAAAACGUUAUGCUUUUACUGGGUUUGAAGCCUUGAAAGAGUUGUUCCUGCUCAGGUUAUUACCAGACCGCAAGUUGAAAUGCCUCAUCCAACGGCCCUUGGAUAGUUUGCAAGAAACAAAAGACGGUUUCUCUCUUUUAUUAUUUUGGCACUGGGAGGAACUCUUGAAGCAAAGAUAUGAACGUUUUGUUGUUGCUCUUGAGGAGGCGUUGAAGGAUAUGUUACCUAAUCUUAAAGACAAAGCAAUGAAGACAGUUUACAUCCUUUUGAAAAGUAAAUCAGAGCAAGAACGUAGAUUGCUUUCUGCUCUUGUGAACAAACUAGGAGAUCCAGAGAGGAAAGCGGCUUCUGGUGCUGGAUAUCAGUUGUCAUGUCUGUUAUCUGCACAUCCAAAUAUGAAGGCAGUGGUGAUCGAGGAGGUGGAUUCCUUUAUCUUUAGGCCACACAUCGGACUACGAGCAAAGUAUCAAGCUGUUAAUUUUUUGAGCCAAUUUUAUCUUAGCAAAAAAGGAGAUGGACCUAAAAUAGCGAAGCGCUUGGUAGACGUGUACUUUGCACUUUUUAAGGUGCUCAUUUCAGAGGCUGGUGAUGGCAAAAAGCAUAAAGACUGCAAAUAUGAUAAGCAAAGUGGCAAAAACAACAAGAGAAAUGGAAAGAAUGAAAGCAAUAAGAAGCAGCAAAUUCCAGAGUCCCAUGUUGAGAUGGAUUCUCGUCUUUUAUCGGCACUACUAACUGGAGUUAACAGAGCAUUUCCUUAUGUGUCAAGUGAUGAAGCUGAUGAUAUUAUAGAGGCCCAGACGCCACUUCUUUUCAGAUUGGUCCAUUCUGAAAAUUUUAACGUAGGGGUUCAGGCAUUGAUGCUUCUAUAUCAGAUUUCUUCGAAGAAUCAGAUUGCAAGUGACCGUUUUUAUCGUGCCUUAUAUGCUAAACUUCUAAUUCCGGCUGCUGUGAAUUCCUCCAAAUCGGAAAUGUUUCUUGGGCUAUUGGUCAAGGCAAUGAAGAAUGAUAUAAACUUGAAGCGAGUAUCUGCCUUUGCAAAGCGCCUUCUGCAGGUUGCACUGCAACGACCCCCUCACUAUGCCUGUGGGUGCCUAUUCUUACUGUCUGAGGUUCUUAAGGCAAAGCCACCUUUGUGGACUAUGGUGCUCCAAAAGGAGUCUGUGGAUGAUGAGCUUGAGCACUUUGAGGACAUCAAAGAAGACCCUGAGGAUGUAGGCAAUCCUCCAUCUAGCAACUCAACAAAUCCGGACGAAAUUGCAGUGUCACAACGUUAUGGAAACUCAAAGCUUUCAAACCACAAGGAGGAUCACAAAUACGACAGUGAUGAUUGUUUGAAUGUCGGGUUAAGAGCAAAUAGUGUUAAUAACGGAAAAGCAGAAAAAUCUCAAGUACCAGUUGAAGUUUCUGCACUACCUGCUGGUUAUAAUCCACGACAUAGGGAGCCUUCGUACUGCAAUGCAGACCGUGCAAGUUGGUGGGAGCUAACAGUUUUAGCUUCGCAUGUGCAUCCAUCUGUGGCAACAAUGGCCCGGACCCUGCUCUCAGGGGCCAACAUAGUUUACAAUGGUGAUCCUUUGAAUGACCUGUCACUUAAUGCUUUCCUUGAUAAGUUGAUGGAGAAAAAGCCAAAGCCAAAUAAGAAAGCAGAGGGUAGAUGGCAUGGUGGAUCACAGAUCGCACCUGCAAGAAAGCUCGACAUGAACCAUCACCUGAUAGGGAAAGGUAUACUAGAGCUUGCUGAAGAGGAUGUGCCUCCAGAGGAUAUCGUCUUCCAUAGAUUCUACAUGAACAAAACAGGAUCCUCAAAGAAACCAAAGGCGAAGAAGAAAAAGGCCUCAGAAGAUGAUGCUGCUGCUGAAGAAUUGUUAUUAGCUGCAAGUGAUGAGAGCGAUGAGGAGGAGGAGAUUGAUAACAUGCUUGGGACAGGACAUAUUCCUUUAGCAGAAGAGGGUGAAGGGGAAUAUGAUUAUGAUGAUCUCGACAGAGUAGUCGAUGAGGAUGAUGAUGACUUGCUUGGAAAUGAAAGUGAUGCAGAAACCAGCGAACCUCAAUCUAAUGCAAAAGAACAUAGUGGCAGUGAGAGUGAUGAUGGUGUUGCGGCUGCUGACAAUGAUGAUGAUGAUGGUAAUUUUGACAUGAUACUGGGAAGUGAUGAUGGUGAAGAUGUCGAUGUGAAUGAACCCGGGGGCAGUGAUGACAGUGAAGAUGAUAAACCCACUAAGGUCAAGGGCAAGAAGAAGAGGAAAUUGGAAGUCAAGAGCCGACCAUCUCCAUUUGCUACUCUUGAAGAGUAUGAACAUCUUAUGACUGAUAACAAGGAAAGCAGUAGGAAGAGGCCUAACUUGCCGAAGAAGAAGAAGAGGAAGACGUCCAAAGUCUAAAUUAUGUGUAUUUAAUGUGCAAUUUCUGUGGUGGCAGCGGUUGGAUGUUACAUGGAAAACAAAGGAGUUAGAUAUAGAAGAGUGAGAUUUGACGAUGUUGGAUGCCGUAGGAAAAUGAGCAAACUGUGGAAGCAACAGCAAGAAACUUGAUGUGUGAGUGUAUAAGCAUCUCUUGCACGAACAUUGUGGAGGUUGUGGGAGCAUCUGUUUGGAGAAGAGGGUAGGGGAGUGCCAUUAGUUGAUGGAAUUUUGUUUACUUUUUCUCUGUAACUUUUAAUUCACCUGCUAUAUCAAAUUAUUUAACAGAUUUGUUUCUUAAAGUUUUUUGUGUACGAUGCUUUGACAGCUUGAUUAUUACUAUAUGCGGUCAGCAACCGUGGGUCAUCCGCUUAACCCUAUUUGCUACUGUCUUGUAAUGUAAUAUAAUUGUUUUCCCAAUUUUUACGA